AUGGUAGAAGUCCACGUCCGGGCAGAUUUGUAUCAAAUCGUGGAUUUGGACCAACGCUCCAACCUAGCCACGAUAUCCGCCUAUAUCGAUGCUUGGUGGAUCGAUGAAUACAUUGGGUGGAAUGAGACCGAUUUUGGGACGUUGACAAAAAUCUUUAUUCCAAUACGAUGGCUGUGGAAGCCAGAGUUUUAUAUGUAUCAUAGUGUCCAAGGGCGGACCCCGGAUUACGCAUCGGAUGCGACAGCUGAGGUCCGAAACGACGGGCGCGUCCGUAUUUUCGUCCCGAUCACAGCACGAUCCCUCUGCCCGGUCAACGUCAAGAUGAUGCCAUACGGUAUUUUGUUGCAUGAUAAUGUC